GGCCCCGGCCGGCGGGGCCGGGCCAUGGGGAAGGAGCAGGAGCUGCUGGAGGCCGCCCGCACCGGUAACCUGCCCGCCGUGGAGAAGCUGCUCUCGGGCAAGCGCCUCAGCUCGGGCUUCGGCUCGGGGGGCGGCAGCGGCGGCUCCGGGAGCGGCGGCGGUGGGGGGCACCCGCUCUCCAGCCUGCUCAGCAUCUGGAGGGGACCAAAUGUGAACUGUGUUGACAGUACUGGAUAUACUCCGCUGCACCAUGCUGCUUUGAAUGGUCACAAGGAUGUGGUGGAAGUUCUGCUGAGGAACGAUGCGCUAACCAAUGUGGCAGACUGCAAAGGUUGUUACCCUCUUCACUUGGCAGCCUGGAAAGGAGAUGCAGAGAUUGUAAAACUUCUCAUCCAUCAGGGACCCUCCCACACUAAAGUGAAUGAACAGAAUACUCUUGAGAUCAAAGAACUCAAAAAGUACGGCCCUUUUGACCCCUAUAUCAAUGCCAAGAAUAACGACAAUGAGACCGCGCUGCACUGUGCUGCUCAGUAUGGCCACACGGAAGUUGUGAAGGUUCUCCUGGAGGAGCUGACGGACCCCACGAUGCGCAACAACAAGUUUGAGACGCCUCUGGAUCUGGCUGCGCUCUAUGGAAGGCUGGAGGUUGUGAAGAUGCUGCUGAACGCUCACCCCAAUCUUUUAAGCUGCAACACUAAGAAACACACCCCCCUGCACCUGGCAGCUAGGAAUGGACAUAAAGCUGUAGUCCAUGUCCUCCUAGAUGCUGGCAUGGAUAGCAACUACCAGACUGAGAAGGGCAGUGCUUUGCAUGAGGCUGCUUUGUUUGGCAAGACCGACGUGGUACAAAUAUUGCUGGCUGCAGGUAUUGAUGUGAAUAUAAAAGAUAACCGAGGCCUGACAGCUCUGGAUAUUGUGAGGGAACUUCCUUCUCAGAAAAGCCAACAAAUAGCAGCUCUCAUUGAAGAUCACACAACUGAGAAGAAGAGUAGAAAAGCGGCAGAGAAGGCUCCGCCAACACCUGUCAUUCCUGCCACUGAACCUGCAGUCCGGAUACCACAGGGUGAUGUGGAGAAAGCAGUGACUGAACUGAUCAUAGACUUAGAAAUGAACCCAGAGGAGGAGUGUCCUUAUGAAGCUUUAUACAACGCGACAUCCUGCCACUCGCUGGACAGCCUGGCCAGUGGGAGGUCUUCAGACAGAGACUCUGUGAAUAAGGAAGCAGAGACAACAGGUCUUAAGGCAGCAGCAAUCAGGCCUAGAGAGCGUCCACCCCCUCCUGCCAAGCCACCCCCUGAUGAAGAGGAGGAGCCUGUGGAGAAGAAGCUAGGUCGCAGUGCUUCAUGUGAGGCCUCUGUGGUGCAGAGGAAGAGCAGGGGAGGUGCAGCUGAGGAAGAGGAGGAGCAUCCUUAUGAGCUGUUGCUUACCGCAGAAACUAAAAAGCCGCUUGCAGUGGAUAGAAAAACAAAAGGGGAAUCGCCAUCUUCAGGUGCUGUCAGCAGUAACCAGCUUCAGGCCAAACCCCGAAAAGGCACGUCUUCCCAAGAUGGUCAAUGGCCAUUAAAUCGCCAAGGUUCUUCCGACCUCUCUUCUAGCCAUUCCGAGCAACAUCCAAACCCCGAAGCAUGCAUGACUGAGACCUCGACAGACCACAGGAGGAGCAGUGGUAGCCGGAGCCAAGAUUCUGCAGACAGCCAGGACAUCCAGGUCCCGGAGCAGUUUUCAGGGUUGCUCCAUGGCUCCUCCCCGGUGUGUGAGAUAAACGAGGAUCCUUUCAGACUCAUUUCUGUGGCCAAAGGAGGCACAGAGGUCACAGGCCACUCACCUGCUAUGCAGUUGGAGGGUGCUGAUUUACCUGUCUCUGGAUCAGUACGGACCAGUUCUCCUGAGCAAAACCUGAAAGUGAUCUACGCAACAGUCCAGCCCAAAAAUGUCCAACAGGCAGAACCUGAAACUGCAGUGACUCCCCAAGCAUUGCAGCACCCUGGUGGUGCAGAGGAAGAGGGAGACAGAGGUGGUGCUGGGGGCCGAGCCCACCUGGGAGGCAAGCCCAAAGCAGAGCUCAAACUCAGCCGUAGCUUGUCCAAAUCAGACUCCGACCUCCUGACCUGCUCACCGACUGAGGACGAUGCCAUGGGGAGCCGGAGCGAAUCUCUCUCAAACUGCAGCACUGGGAAGAAAAGACUGGAGAAAUCUCCGUCUUUUGCUUCGGAGUGGGAUGAGAUUGAGAAAAUCAUGAGCUCCAUCGGUGAAGGCAUUGACUUUUCUCAGGAACAGCAAAGGAUCUCAGGUUCGCGGAUGCUGGAGCAGAGCGUCGGGGAGUGGCUGGAGUCCGUCGGCCUGCAGCAGUAUGAGAGUAAGCUGCUUUUGAACGGCUUUGACGAUGUCCGCUUCCUGGGCUGUAAUGUAAUGGAAGAUCAGGACCUUCGGGAGAUCGGGAUUAGCGACCCGCAGCACCGCAGAAAACUUCUCCAGGCCGCACGUCCCCUUCCCAAGGUGAAAUCUCUGGGUUGCGAUGGGAACAGCCAGCCUUCGGUUCCUGCUUGGCUUGACUCUUUGGGGCUGCAGGACUACAUUCAGUCCUUCCUGUCGAGUGGCUACAGCUCCAUUGACACUGUGAAAAACCUCUGGGAGCUUGAAAUAGUAAAUGUGCUGAAGGUGAAUCUGCUUGGCCAUCGGAAGCGAAUCAUUGCCUCCUUGGCGGACAGACCAUACGAGGAGCCACCCCAGAAACCACCGCGGUUCUCACAGCUGAGGUGCCAGGAUCUGAUGUCCCAGACUUCCUCACCGCUGAGCCAGACUGACUCCUACACGGGGAGGUCAGCAGAUCCCUUGCUGCCUUCGGGGGAUUCUGGGAAGAGGCGUUGUGACAGUGGCCGUGAUGCUGCUUCUCACCCCAGAGCCGACCGAUACAAAGCACAGGAGGAGCAUCGUGAGUCCAGACUGACUCUCAGGCCCCCAAGUCUCGCUGCGCCGUAUGCGCCUGUCCAGAAUUGGCAACACCAGCCUGAGAAGCUCAUCUUCGAGUCCUGCGGGUAUGAGGCCAACUAUCUGGGCUCCAUGUUAAUCAAAGACCUGCGAGGGACGGAGUCAACGCAGGAUGCCUGUGCAAAGAUGAGGAAAUCCACGGAGCAUAUGAAGAAGAUCCCAACCAUAAUAUUAUCCAUUACUUACAAAGGGGUGAAGUUCAUAGAUGCUUCUAACAAGAAUGUUAUCGCUGAGCAUGAAAUCCGGAACAUCUCCUGUGCGGCCCAGGACCCUGAAGAUCUCUGCACAUUUGCCUAUAUCACCAAGGACCUGCAGACCAGCCACCACUACUGCCAUGUCUUCAGCACCGUCGAUGUGAACCUGACGUAUGAAAUCAUCCUGACGUUGGGACAAGCGUUUGAAGUCGCCUAUCAGCUGGCCCUCCAAGCCCAAAAAUCAAAACCCACCGGUGCUUCAGCAGCGGAAACGAUAGAAACGAAAUCUUCCAAACCGGUGCCUAAACCCAGAGUUGGCGUGAGGAAAUCCGCAGUGCCGCUCCCUCCUGAUAGUCGCUGUUGUUACUGUCACACCUGUACUACACACCGUCCCUCCUAUCUGCCGCUGCAGUCUGUUAGUCAAGGAGCUAAGCUGGAGCCAUCUGAAGUGGACCAAGACUCCCAAUCUCAUGCCAGUGUCUCCUGGGUUGUUGAACCUAAACAGGAUUCUAAGAGGACCCUCAGCACUAACUGAUAUGCAGGCAGCUGUGUGCUACCAUGGAAAUGUAGUAACGGGGCAGAGACCUAAGAAGCAGUGGUACCCCAACAGGAUGAAGAUCUCCACCCGGCACUGGUGUCUGCCUCUUUGAAUAUGUUCAUGACUGCUGAGUAAGGGCUUCCAAAGCUGAGGGGGGAAAAGGGAUCCCAGCAGACAAAAGCAGCUACGCAUUUCUAGCAAAGGAGAUUUGAGACUUCUGAGCUCAAGGGAGUGAUACCAUAUUUUCUAGUCUGUUGCAACAAAUGUUUUUUAAAGAGGUUUUUUUUCCUUUUAUGUGCAACGAUACGAAGCAAAACAAAUCCACAACUUAAAUGUAGCAUGUUGCAAUUUUUUUGGGUGGAACAAACGUUAGUAAAUUAUAAGAUUCUACAGUACUGUCCUGUCCUACAAAGAGUAUGGUAAAAAGUCUUAGCGAUGGCGCUAGUAUGUGUGUGUCUAAUGGUACUUUAAUUCGCCUCAGUUCCUGGUGAGCAGUAGAAAACAAUUCCAAGAUUUUGGUAAUAGUUGUUUAUUCCAAGUUAUGAAACUCAGCUGCAUGGGUUUUCAUACACUUUUCUUUAAAGCCACUCCAAGCCUAAGUGGGAGAUGGAUAUAACUUAAGGAAAACUGUGUCUGCAAAGGAGUUAUAAUCCUAGUGAUUAUUGCUGGAUAUCACCCAUGGUACGACGCUUGCUUUCACUACAGAGAACUAUUGCAUUGCAAUACUUGAUGUUUUUAUGGUAAGGAGGACACAAUUAGAUCUCUUUCCAUUAGUUUAUCACACUGAAUAACUGGAGAAUUUGCUCAUUUCUAUACUGUCUCUUGCAUCUGCCAUGUUUUUUAAAUGCAGUUACGUGCUAGCGGGUUGGGUUUUUAAAGUCUGAUUGUGAUUUAGCACUUCUUUAAUACUAGCUCAUUAGUGAACUACCAUUAGUGUAACAGUAUUUCAGAAUAUGAACAAAUGAGUUAUAUUCUGGGCAUUUCACUGAAACAGUCCAUACCUGAUGAUAAAUUCUAAUCAAUCUAAGAAUGGCUGGUCCCAAGCAGUCUCGCAUUCUUAAACAGAACACAAUCUUGAAGGUGCUUUGUAAUUAUGCUUCAUUUAAACUACCAGAGUAUUUAAUGGUGGCUUUGGCCGUGACAGUUGUGUGAACUGAUGUUUUCCAGUGCCCUGACCAUCAGGACCUUGUUGGAAGGAGAGAUGGUAAAAUGGGCAUGACUUGGUUCUUGAAAUGUAAAAACAGGGCAUGCCAUGCCAGGGCUGUGAUCUCAGGCAGGUGUGAUGGUUGGUAGUGCCUGCUGCUUAUGAGAAUAUUGUGUCCUAACUCUGUUUCUAACUCCAGUUGCUGCUGUAUCUGUCAGGAUUUAAUUUAGUUUCAUUCCAGUUGAUGGUGAGUGCUGAGAGAAACAAUCAGUCCCCAAGGCCUAGACCUGUCAAUGAUUUGUGGGUAGAAAACAAGCUGUUUUUAAAAAUUAAUGAAUUUAGGAAACUUAACAUUCCUUCUUAUACCCAUGUUGCAGUUCAUACUGAUGUAAGUGUAAAUAUUCAGUGUGUUGGCAGAGAAUGAACCCCUGCUUUGGAGAGGGCUAGCUCUGUUGGAUGCAUGAGCUUUUGAGGUUGGCUGGCCGUCAAAGUGGUGACGAAGAUUCCAAUCUUGCUGUUGUCUCCAGUGACUCAGCAACUCCCUUUGCAGUUCUCUUGCUAGGUGUUUUUCUCCUAGACAUAGAAUAUGUAUUGCAGAGGAGCUGAGCUUUGGCAGUGUAUGUUUGUUUUAGUGUGGGAUGUUUUCAAGGUACUUGCCUGGUAGGGCUCUUCUCCUGGACCCCAGCCUAUAUUUUCAGGAAUUCAGGAGGCUCCCAGUCUCUUAGUACUUUGCCAUUUGUACACUGUUCAAACUCCUGUGUUCCUACAGGAGUGUCUUAGAUUUCUGUUGCUGAUGUGAUUAAUUUUUCAAAGUGCUGAGCUAGUUCUGGUACCAGCCUGUGAUCCACUUCCUUCCCUUUUUCAAAGGACAGACUGUAUUCUAGAGCACCCUCCAUUUGUAUCUGGUAUGGGUCCAAGCUGAGAACUCUAGACAGACCCUAAGAUUAAUAGCUGAAUUGUCUCCUUAAAAGGAGGGUGCAAUCAUUUUAAGCUGCUGUAUCUUAUUUUAUUCUGUACCUAUUAAAAAAUGGUAAUCCUGGCUGUUCUGUUUUGUCUUUAAAUUCUAGAAAAAAGUUGGUAAUUGGAUUUGAGGUACACCCCUAUGCCCCUUGCAGAAAAAAGGUAUUUAGAUGUGUUUUGAGGGGAAGCUGAGCUGGACUGCUGCCCUUUACAAUGCAGCAGCCUCACAAACAAUACACCUGAGCAAAUCUAUUUCUUGAUUUGUGAAACUUAUGUGGGCUCAGCUACAUUAACACUCCCUCAUUCCAGAGUUCAGAUAUCUGUCAGCAGGAAUUUCAGUGGGUUUCCCUUAUGCUUACAGCAGUUGAGUGCAGUAGGCUUUUUCAUUUGAUAACAAGGUCUGUUUGCCAUUCCAGGCUCCCUUUUAGAUCCUACAUUGACAUAUUUAGAGGUACCUGUGCAACCAGAAGCAAAUUUGAUGCUCUUGAAAUGGGAGAGCUAACUCAAUUUUUUCGUCUUUUGAAAAAUAACCUGAGAUUUAUUUCCCCAACAGGGCAGAGAACAGUCAACUUCAGUUUGCAAUGUAGACAUUUUUGCUAAUUGUGAUGUAUGGCAGUGGGACUGAUUUGUAAUAAAAAUGUUAUUUAAUCUGUCUCUGUAUUUUGAUACUUGAAUUUUCUUUUUUCCUGUAUAUAAAAUUGUUAAUCUGUCUGAAUUUUUGUCUGAAUUUUAAACAAAUUGUGGUACCAAACAUAACCAAUCUGUGCAACAACAUAGACUGACCUCACUACAACAAGGCGAGAUUGUAAAUAUUUCUGGGCUUCCAGUGGUCGUUUUGUUGUUUUUUCAUAACUGUACAACUUAGAACAGACUGAAUUAAUAAAUAAACUCAGACACACA